AUGGGAUCCACAGAGACACGACCAAUUCAUAAAAACAAAAGCAAACGUAAUUUGUUCAAGUGUUUCAAAUCAGACAACGUCGUCGACCAAUCACCGCGUCGAAAAGAGAAAACUAGUGACCCGCUUCUUAGUUACAUUGCCUUGGCCGAGAAGCAAGGCAUGGUCUUGCCUACCAUCUUGUCUUCCGCUUUGACCGCCGCUAAAUGUGGCUCCAGUGAUGGAACCCCAACACGAAGGAGAAAGAUGUGUAAGCAAAGAUCUCUUCGAAUUCGUCAGGCUUUAAUCGCGGCCUUGAAUCAUACAUCAUUGGGCAAGAAAAUUAUUAAUAGAACCAAAGCAAACAAUAACAAGAACAACUGGGGAAAAUCAAAGUUGAACAAGUUAGGAGAAGGUAAUAAUAAUAUUUCAAACACAAAUCCUAAACAAGUACAUGAAGGAGCCAAUGCAUACACUAAUCCAUCAUCAUCAUCAUCAUAUGAUUCUUCACCUGCAUUCACCUCUUCUACAUUAUCAUCUUCUACGAAUUCAACUAAUUCACAAGCGAGUCAUUUUUCAAGUUCAUCCUCUGACUUGAACCCAAACCUUUCGAUGAAUGGAAUUGUGGUGAAGCAAGAAGUUGAAGAGAGUAGAAAAAAGAGUUUUGGUUUAAACAAGAGUUUAUGUUGGCAUUUUUUUACUAGUCUUUUGUUUUUUCUUUUGUUGGGUAAGUUGUAUACCUUAUUGUCGGAGAACAUGGUGUAA